AUGAACCAGAGUCAGUGUUUGUACCGCGACCACGAUUUCGUAAGCGGGCAAGUGCAGCUUAGACCCUUUGAGGUCCUAUGGAUGAGCGUGCGAUUCGGAAGCACUGGGAACAUUUGGAAGCAGCUAUUCUUCGCUCUUCAGGCCGGUAUGUGUUUGGCAAUCCUGCAACGUGCAAAAGUUGUGGUCGUCUUGACCCCGACUUUGUCAGGCGACAAGCUUAAAGCUACCCUGGGGGAACUGUUCCGGAAAGGGUAUCCCGUUGACGCCGGGCCCUUCGGAUACUCUGGCUUUUGGCUGGCUGCAGCUCAUGGAAAGCAGGAGGCCAUGGAGGUUUGUUUCGCAUGGGGCGCUAACAGCCAUCUGCCUGGAGCCAGGGAGCGGCUGUUCCCGGUUGAGGUCGCGAGCUACAUGGGUCACACGAAUGUCGUGGUUUGGCUCAUUCAGAAGGGGGCUUUCCCAGGCAAAGCCUUGCACUUCGCAGCCAAAAGUGGGCAUUUGGGGAUCUUGGAGAAGCUGGUCCUAAUGCAGCAGGACGGUGUGCCUGACGAUGGUACGAAUGUACAUGGCGAUCCCCUGCUCGAGUUCCACCUCAGCUCUCCAUGUAGUUGCUGCGGAUGGACUCCUCUUCUCCUAGCUGUGGACUUCGAUCAGGUGGCUGCAGCUCGCAUGUUGAUUGCUGCCACAAGCGAGGCAGAACUGAAGCAACCCAUGGCGGCAAAGGUGUGCGACUUGUGUGGAUUGACGCGGGGCUCCACAAUCCUGCACUUCGUGGCUGCGAAAGGUGGUUACUGCGGGGAGCUGGUGGAGGUGCUUCUCGCAAAAUGCCCUCACUUGCUGCAUAUGCAGGAUGAGCAGAAGCAAAAACCGUUUGAUGUGGCCACUCCACAGAUCCGACCGAAGCUAGACAAGCUAUAUCUUGGCUGUGCGCAGUCCCUGCGAUCAAAUUUCCUUUCCAGCACGGACCGGAUCUCGUGGCCCGCUUUACGACGAGAGCUUCAGCAGCGCUUCCGCAAGGAGAUUGGGCCUGGCGACCUGCAAAAGGUGCAGAACGUUGUGCAAGAGUCCCAGCAAAUUUGCAAGUCGGCUUUAAAGACUUUGCAGAGCGACGAGUUUUUCCCGGAGCUGAAGAAGCUGAAGGAGCCCUGA